AUUUGAUCGACGUGCUGACGUGGGCGUGAGAACGCAGGAAGUUUUAAUGAAUCGCUGUUGUUGAAGUCUCAGACCAUGAACUACGUGGGUCAGCUGGCAGAGACGGUGUUUGUGACAGUAAAGGAGCUUUACCGCGGUCUGAAUCCGGCCACGCUGACCGGCGGCAUCGACGUGAUUGUGGUUCGACAGCCUGAUGGAAGUUUCCAGUGUUCGCCGUUCCACGUCCGCUUCGGGAAACUCGGCGUCCUGAGGUCCAAAGAGAAAGUGGUGGACAUUGAGAUCAAUGGAGAGCCCGUGAGUCUGCACAUGAAGCUGGGAGAUAACGGAGAGGCGUUUUUCGUGGAGGAGAACGAGGAUUUCGAGACAAGAGUUCCCGCUCAUCUCUGCACUUCUCCGAUCCCCACCGAUGUUGCAGAAGCGUCUGAAGUCGCGGAGUCUCAAUUGCCUUCCUCCAAUCGGCGUAAAAAGCGGCGCAGAAAGCGUGUGCGUUCAGACACACAUCUGCAUGAAGACGACAGUUCCUCCUCGGAUGAGAAAGAAGGUCUCGAUCCAGACGCCUUUAAGGAAGAGUCACUUCUGGCAGCAAGUAAAUCUAUAUAUUACUCUCUGUCUGAGGAACCCUAUGAGGAAGCGUCUGGAGCUCGAGAGGUUCAUCCUCACUCUGAUGGAGAGUGCUCACUGAACGAGAGUGUGUACUUCAGUCGGCCGUCGUCUCCUAAGAGUGAUUCAGAGUUGUGUAAAGCCCAGGAGUCUUUAGGGCCGCAGAUGCAGUGGAACUGGGGCGCUUUUCCCAAGGUGUGUCCAACAGAAAGGGCUGAAUCUGAUUCGCUGACUCAUGACCUGCCCUCCCCCAUCACUCCCUCUGACCACUCCCACUUCCGCACGAUCCACCGGCAAACAUCUAUUGACAUCGACAGCACUGACUCUGCAGUGACGGUGACUGUGGUGAGACCAGAACCGCAGAUUGGGACAGUCAGCCCUGUUUCAUCAGACAAAGCUGUUUCUUUAUCUGUUAACACACAACUAAAUGUAAAGUUUACAAAUACGCUUCAAUCUCCAGACGACUCUUUUUCUCAGAGCUGGAGUACACUGCAAAACAAACCUAGUCAGGAGAUAAUUGCUAAAAUAGAGAUUGAAAAUAUAACUAGCUGUACUAGUACAGUCAAUGGGAUCAAUAACAAUGCUAGUUUUGACAGCGUGGCUCAUUUAGAAAACUGUAAUGAGAACUACUGUCCAACCAUCACAUUUGGUGAGUCAAAUCAGGAUUUAAAAGCAGAAGCGGAGCUCAACUCAAUCUUAUUACCAAAACAUCAAAGCUCUGUUGAAAUACUGACACUCAGGGCUAGCGAAUCAGAGGAGGGGGCAGGUUUAGAGACGUUACCGACCAAUCAGAAUGCUGACAGUGCUGGAGUGACAGGAUCUCAGGAGCUCAUCAUCCAAUCAGAGGAUCAAGCGGUUCUGGAGUCCUCUAAAUCAGCAGAGUCUCAGGACAAGAGGAAAGUCAAGCGCAGUCAUCAUUUGGGACCGUCUGAUAUUUAUCUAGACGACCUCUCCAGUCUGGACCCUGAAGUCGCCGCCCUCUAUUUCCCCAAAAGUGAGGCAGAGUCCUCAGAUCUGCGCUCGAGCCAUGCGCCGGAUCCGUCUCCUCCGUCUGGUCAGAUGUCCCCUCAAUCACAGGGCAGUGGUAAUGCAGACAGCGGCACUGAGUAUCUGUCUGACUCCACGAGCGACUCUCUGGACGUCACCAUGUCCCUGUGCGGCAGAGGAGACAUCAGUCAGAUCAGCAAAGAGAAGUUCAUGGAGCAUCUUGUCAAGUAUCAAGACUUUGUCAACAACCCUGGAAUAAUUGAAGACCCAAACCUUGUCAUCUGCAUCAACUCAAAGUAUUAUAACUGGGCCGUUGCUGCUCCGAUGAUUCUCUCAGUUCAGGCCUUCCAGAAAACUUUACCAAAGAGCACCAUUGAGCAACUGGUGAAAGAUAAGAUGCCCAAAAAGUCUGGCCGCUGGUGGUUCUCUUGGAGGAGGAAAGAUUUGAACAAUAUUGCGGGAAACCCAAAGGCAGGAGCAGAGGAGAAUCAGCUUGAAGCGUCCGCCGCAGUCGCUGGACCCUCCACACUGAAGAGUUCUGUUGAGCUGUCGAGUGAUGAGGACGGUUCUGUCUCUGUGAGGAAGAACACUGAGCUCAUGAACACAGCGCAGUGCAUCAGUCAGAUGUACCGCAAAUCUCUCCGACUAACCUCUGAACAGAUCGAGAGCCUGAAUCUGCGUGAAGGAGCCAAUAAGGUUGUGUUCAGUGUGACCACGCAGUAUCAGGGCACCUGCCGCUGUGAAGCCGCCAUUUACCUGUGGAGCUACGACGACAAAAUCAUCAUCUCAGACAUCGACGGCACCAUCACUAAGUCAGACGCUCUGGGUCACAUUUUACCACAGCUGGGUAAAGACUGGACUCAUCAUGGCAUCGCCAAACUAUACCACAAAAUACAUCAGAAUGGUUAUAAGUUCCUGUACUGCUCGGCUCGUGCUAUAGGCAUGGCGGACAUCACUAAGGGUUAUUUGCAGUGGGUGAACGACAGAGGAACGGUGCUGCCUAAAGGACCAGUGCUGUUAGCACCCAGCAGCCUGUUCUCAGCGUUACAUAGGGAGGUGAUUGAGAAGAAGCCUGAGGUGUUCAAGAUAGCGUGUCUCACUGAUAUCAGAGAUCUCUUCAGUUCUGUCACUCAGCCCUUCUACGCUGCCUUCGGAAACAGGACGAAUGAUGCAUAUGCCUAUAAGGAAGUUGGUGUACCUGAGACUCACAUAUUCACUGUCAACCCCAAAGGAGAAUUAAUACAAGAGAAGACCAAAGGAAACAAGUCCUCAUACUCUCACCUGAGUGAGCUGGUGGAUCACUUCUUCCCCCUCAUCUGCAAACACCCGACCACAUCCUUCGACUGUCCCGAGUUCAGUCAUUUCUCCUUCUGGCGGGCACCGCUGCCCCCGCUGGACCUGCAGGAACUGAUCUAGAGUCAGUGUUUAUCUGCUGUUUAUCUGCACUCAUCUCCAUCUCCACACAUUUACUGUAAUCCUGCACAGACACAGUUGGAGAAUGUGGAGUUAUAAUAUAACACUACACUGCACUGCAAAUGGCCUUUUCUUACUUACAUUUCUGUCUUGUUUCUAGUCCAAAUAUCUAAUAAUUCUGAAAUCAAGAAGCAUUUUCUAGACUAGUAAAAAAUAUUGUCUUGUUUUAAAAAAUAAUGAGUCAAAAUGAAGUGAGUUUUUCCGUAAAACAAGCUAAAUAAUCUGCCAAAUCUUCCUUGUGACAUAAGUUUAUUUAGCUUACCCAUUGGCAGUUUAUUUAGCUUGUUUUAAGGAAGAACUCACUUAAUUUUAGCUUGUUAUUUCUAAAAAAACAAGACUAUGUUUUGUUUGUCUAGAAAAUGCUUCUUAAUAUAAAAAAUAUAGAUAUUUGGACUGGAAACAAGACAAAGAAAUCUAAGUAAGCAAAUCUUUGACAGUGUGAGCUUCAGAAAUACUCAUUGUGCUGUGAUAAAGCCACUCUGUGCCUUCAGAAUCUGCAAUCCUGAGCUUCAUUUCAAUUUCUCUGCCAUAUACUAGUGCUUUCAGGGGGUUUUAUAUGUAUUUGUAUAUUUUUUUUUUAAGUUUUUUACAAUUAUUACUUUAUUUGCUGCACAAAAGGGCUUUCUUACAGAGUUUUUGCCUCAUUUCUAGUACAAAUAUCUACAAAUUCAUGAGUCAAGACAUCUAGAUGAGGAGUUUUUCAUUAAAACAAGCUAAAUAUUCUGCCAAUAAGUAAAAUAAUCUUAUUUAAAAGCUAAACUAGAAUGUUUUCUUACCCUGAAGGCCCAUUAUUUUGCUUGUUUUAGGAAAAAACUUGACUAAUUUUUAGUUGUUAUUUCUGAAAACAAGACUAUUUGUUUUUACUUGUCUAGAAAAUGCUUCUUAUUUUAAGAAUUAUUAGAUAUAUAGACUAGAAACAUGACAAAACUCUAUGUGAGAAAAGAAUGCAGUGUUUGAGUGUUCGUUGUUUGAGUGUGAAUUUGUUUCGUGAGCAAAUGUUUCAUCAUUUGUAUUUAUAUUUAUUUUCAAAAGCGAUCUAAAACAAAGACAAUCUGUAAGUAUAUCUGGUUUCCAUUUAUUGUAUAUAAAAAAAAACACUGAGAGAAUAAAAACAUUACUGAUUUU